GCCAAACUGUGUUUUGGAGCAGCCGUGAACGGGAUCGUGCACGAUGUGGACACGCUGGGCGCGGGGAUCCGCCUGGUGACGCUGCUGGUGGACCGGGACGGGCUGUACAAGUUGAGCCGCCUGUACAUCACUCCGGACGGGUUUUUCUUCCGAGUCCACUUAUUAGCCCUUGACUCCUCCGCGUGCAACAGGCCAUGUCCAGAAUUUAAACCUGGCAGCAGGUAUAUCGUGAUGGGGCACAUCUACCAUAAGAGACGGCAGCUCCCGACAGCUCUGCUGCAGGUCCUCAGGGGCCGCCUUCGCCCGGGAGAUGGAUUGCUGAGGAGCAGUGGCAGCUACGUGAAAAGAUUUAACAGAAAAAGGGAUGGGCAAGUUCAAAGUGCAGUUCACACCCAGUGCACUUGAAACAUUCCAUCUGGGCAUUUUUGGAUCAUCAGAGACUUGGAAUUCAGCAACAAAACAAGAAAGGUCUAUUACCAGGAAAUGGGGUUUCCCUUUAGACUAGGGGACACAGCGCCUUUAUGAACUCAGGAGUAGUCAGUGCUACCUUUAACCUUGAAGUCACCUUCCUCCUUACCAAAUGGUUCUUAUUGGUAUGCUUCUGAGCUCCGGCCGUGCCGUAUAUGCACAACGUUCAGAUGACUGACCUGUCCAGUUAACAGAUCACUGCUUCAUGUUUUUUUAUUUUUAAUUAUUUUAAUUUAAAUACAUUCUUCAGUAGAAAUAGUUCACAAAACAUUUUCUUGAUUUAAAAUAUACAACUUUGAAUAGUCUAUAUCAUGUAUCAAACCAAAUUUUAUACUCAAAGCAUCACAUUUAAAAUGCUGUACACAUUAAAAUGCUGUCCAGAUGUUAAGUACACUAGUCAAAGACAUAUAUGAAAUGUCAUUUAUAGCAAAACACUAGGGUCAGUGCCCAAGACGAGUAUUAAAGUUUACACUCCAGGAAUACUAACGGACUUCAUUCAAGCAAAAUAUUCAAGCAAGUGUUCCUGCUGCGCCAAAAUGGAAGAUAGUUUCUCUACAUGCUUCCCUGGCACUAAACCCUUCAUAGCUAAAGGUUUUCUGGGUAUAUCUGAUGUCAUCUUUCUAUUAAGACCAAGUAUCAUGUUUGUGUUUGUAAAGAAGUAAACCACGCCUUGAAAUCAGA